AUGGUGGCCCGUGCGCCCCGGUUAGGGCCUGCGCAAAAGUUCACCCUCCAGCAACCAUCACGGAGUAAAGUCAAGAUGCCUCCCCGCGCCCACUCCAAGACCUCUCGUGUCCCCCGUAGACCUUUCGAGUCUGCCCGACUUGACUCCGAGCUGAAGCUCGUUGGCGAGUAUGGCCUCCGCAACAAGCGUGAGGUGUGGCGCGUCGGUCUGACGCUGUCCAAGAUUCGUCGUGCUGCUCGUCAGCUCCUCACCCUCGACGAGAAGGACCCCAAGCGUCUGUUCGAAGGCAAUGCCCUCAUUCGCCGUCUCGUCCGUGUCGGUGUCCUCGACGAGUCCCGCAUGAAACUCGAUUACGUUCUUGCCCUCAAGCUUGAGGAUUUCCUUGAGCGUCGUCUCCAGACCUGCGUCUACAAGCUUGGUCUUGCCAAGUCCAUCCACCACGCCCGUGUCCUGAUCCGCCAGCGCCACAUCCGCGUCGGCAAGCAGAUCGUCAACGUUCCUUCUUUCAUUGUCCGUCUCGACUCCCAGAAGCACAUUGACUUUGCUCUCAACUCUCCCUUCGGCUCUGGUCGUCCUGGCCGUGUCCGCAGAAAGAAGGCCAAGGCUGCUGCCGAUGGCGCUGAGGGCGAGGAGGAGGAGGAGGAGUAA